AAGAAGCAGCAGAGAUAGCCCCAACACCAUCGCCCACCAACAGCUUGUCCAGCUGCCUUGUUCACAUAUAAGACUACUGCUCUUCCUCCAUGUCUCGCUCCUGUGUCUCCAACUCCUGCAUGGCCUGUUCCAGUCCCAGCUCCUCCUACGCCCUGCCCUUGUCCACCACCACCACCAGCACUGCGACCACCAACGCCAGCAUGGACUCCAGUCGCAACAUCGACAUCUCUCCAGACAACGUCAACAACCUCCACAACUACUCCUACAAACGAAUCAAGUCCCACAACUUGGAUCCUGCCACUUCUGUGCUACAUUUCAGCAGCUACGUUCACCCGAGUUUGGUCAUCUACAGGUUGAAUUCUGACUUUAUUGGCCAGCAAGACCAGUAUAUUCCUGAUUUGGAUUUUUCCAACGAAUUGAACAAAUGGUUUGAUGACAAAGAUGACUUUGAUAGAUUUGGCGAAUUACAAGAUUUCAACAUCAAUACCUAUUAUUACGAUAUCUACAAUAAUAAUAAUAAUAAUAAUAAUAAUAAUAAUAAUAACAAUAAUAACAGUAACAAUAAUAACAGUAACAAUAAUAACAGUAACAAUAAUAACAGUAACAAUAAUAACAGUAAUAACAACACUAACAAUGGUAGCCAAAAUAAUAACCAUGAUAAUAUUAACCAAAAUAACUAUAAUAACUAAAAAUAUUCAAUCUUGAUCAGCACUAAUCAUUAAUUAUAAUUAUCGCUAUAAUGUUUUUCAAAUUUUACUUGUAUUAUAUUACUAUAUCAUUAUAUCACUAUUUUAUUGUCUCAUAUCACUAUAUCAUUGCUCAAUUACAUUCUUAAUAUUUAUCAAUUUUUUCUUUCAUGUCUUUGUGUUUUUAUUCUUCAUUAUAUAUAUUCAUAUAUUUAUAUAUAUUUAUAUAUAUUCUCUUUUUUUCUCCUAAUUUUAUAUAAUUAUAUUAUAUUAUAUUAUCAUAUUAUUAUAUCAUCUUAUUUUCAUAUCAGUUUAUUAUUGUCUUUCUUUGUCUAUUUAAUCAUCUUAGUCACCUUAUAUUUUAUAUUUUAUAUUUUAUAUAUUACACUUUCUCAAUACAUCUUAUCGAACACUUAGCUUACUAUGUUCAGUAUAUAACCUAGGUGUUAUAUUCAU